CAGUUCAGGACCUUGUGGUUUCAGAUGGGCUUUGUUGCACAUAAAAUUGUUUGCUAUAAGAUAAGCAUCUUACUUGUUGUCUUUUCAUAUUGAUUGAUCGACAUCUGCAGGUUUAAUGAGUUCAACAGAGCAAAGAAAGGGGCCAGUGCACAGGGACAGAGCAGCAUUGAUUCAUUCUUAAGCCAGACAAGAGGUGUGCAGCUAUACAGCCAGGGGCAUCCCAGACAGAAGGCCAUUACUGAAUCCAUAAUACAGGACCUCAUCAUUUCAUGCAACCUCCCUCUGUCUUUGAUUGACAAGCCUAGCUUCAGGAAUUUUAUGUCAGUGGUAGAGGAGAGAUACUGCCCAGUAAGUCGAAGCACCGUAACCAGACGUCUGAGUGAGCUAGUAGCAGAAAAAGAGUCCGAGAUAAAAUGUAAACUACAAAAGAUUAACAAUGUGUCUGUGACAGUGGACAUCUGGACUGACAGGGGCAUGCGUGGCUUCUUAGGGGUAACAGCCCACUUCAUGGAAAUUGAGGAGAAAGACUGCCCAAGAAGACUGCAGACAGUUCUCCUAAGUUGUGAACGAUUCACUGGGUCACACACUGGAGAGAGAAUAAGUGAGAAAUUUGAGGAGAUAUGUGACAACUUUAAUAUAAAACAUAAAUUGGAUUACAUCAUCUGCGAUAAUGCCUCAAAUAUGAAGAAAGCCUUCACAGUUUGUUUCCCUUCUGCUAAAACUGACAAUGAAGAUGAUGAUGAAGAUGAGCUGGGAAACAGCUGCAUGUGGGAGGAAGUAAGUGAGGAAUACCAGGAUGAUGUGGAAUCCAUCCAGAGCAGCUGUCGGCAGCAGCGGCUGCAGUGCUUUGCACAUUCAUUGCAGCUUGUUGUAAGAGAUGGACUAAAGGAGACAAGAACGCUGAACAGUGCAAUGGCAAAAGUGACAAAAUUUUGCAGUUUACUCCAUUCUACUUGUAGACUGAAGGAAGCAUUUGAGGCGGAGUAUGGAGCAAACCGAAGCAUCCCCUCAGCUGUGUCCACACGAUGGAACUCUACUCUUCGCCUUGUGGAGGCAGUCACUGACCUGGAUCCCCAAAGCCUAAACUCUCUCCUGGAAGCCCAAGGACAUAAAGGCCUGUGCUUAUCAGCCAGAGAAUGGAGUCAGCUCAAAGAGCUUGUGGACAUUUUAGCCCCAUUUCUGCAAGCAACAGACCUUACACAAGGAGAGAAGGUGGUGACUGUCAGUGCGGCUCUCCCUUGUGUACUCUCACUCAACAGCCACCUUAUCCAUAUGCUGAAUGCAUCUCGUCAUCUGGUUGGCUUAGUGAAAGCACUGCAGAAGUCACUCCAACGCCGUUUCCAGGGGAUGUUUGCAAAUGUCCGAAUGGAUGAAACAGCACAACCCCCCGUAGAGCUUCCAUUUGGAGAUAUGGUCUACAUGUUGUCUGCACUACUAGACCCAUCAUUCUGCCUCUUUUGGCUAGAACAAGAUGUCCUUGCACCAGAUGAAGUCAAGAGUGAGGUGAAGGAGAUGAUGAUAGACCUUCUCUUGGUUGAGGCUCAGAAAGUCACCAUACCUGAGGGCAGCAGUGGAGAAGAUGAGGAGGAGCCACCAGUACCCGCUAAAACUCCACGGCUUUUCUCUGGCUACCGCAAGAAGAGUACCAAGAAAAAAGCAGACCAUCACACAUCCUGCAAAGAUGAGGUCAUUCGCUACAUCCAGGUGUGCUCUGAAGAAGAAGUUGACUGUAUGGAUUUCUGGCAAAAACAUGCAAAGAUCUUCCCCAGGCUUUAUCUUGUGUCUAUGAAACUGCUUGCAGUUCCUGCCACCAGUGCACCAGUGGAAAGGGUAUUUAGUCAUGGAGGCCUUAUAAUGCGCCCUCACCGAGCCAGACUUAGUGCAAAGACACUGUCAAGCUUGAUCUUUUUGAAAUGUAACCAUUCUGUUGCUUAAGACUUUUCUAGUUCUUAGGCCACUGAAGGACACCUAGAAGCCAAACAUGUUUUGUGGCCCAUACCUAGUGUAUUAAAGGAUUAGUUCACUUUAAAAAAAACUUUUGCUGAUAAUUAACUCACCCCCAUGUCAUCCAAGAUAUCCAUGUCUUUCUUUCUUCAGUCGAAAAGAAAUUAAGGUUUUUGAUAAACAUUCCAGGAUUUUUCUCCAUAUAAUGGACUUCAAGGUCCAAAUGACAGUUUCAGUGCAGCUUCUAAGGGCUUUAAACGAUACCAGACGAUGAAUAAGGGUCUUAUCUAGCAAAACGAUCGGUCAUUUCAAAAAUAAAUAAAAAAGUUUAAGUUUUAUAAGCACAAAUGCUCGCCUUGCUCGGUUCUGUGAUGCGUGUUCAUGACGUCAAGUAAUACGCAAUUACAUU